AAAACUCCUGUUUGAUAUUCCAGAAAGAGAGACUGCUUUAAAAGGAGAGAAGAAAUGGCGGAUAGCACAUCUGCUAAGAGAUGGCUUCCUCUUGAAGCUAAUCCUGAUGUUAUGAACCAGUUUCUCUGGGGACUUGGCGUUCCACUGGAUGAGGCAGAAUGCUUUGAUGUUUAUGGAUUGGAUGAAGAACUUCUGGAAAUGGUUCCAAAGCUCGUACUCGCCGUCCUGUUCCUCUACCCUAUAACAUCACAGAGCAAAGCGGAGAAGAGAAAACAAGAUAGUGGAAUAAAGGAGCCUAGUGGACGAGUUUACUUUAUGAACCAAACUGUUGGCAAUGCCUGUGUAACCAUUAGGCUUCUUCAUGCUGUUGGGAAUAUCACUUUUGAGAUUAAACUUGUUGAAGGAUUGUUCCUGGAUAGAUUCUUUAAGUCCACUGCAAAAAUGGGUCCUUCAGAGCGUGCUGCAUUCCUUGAAAAUGACAAAGAAAUGGAGGUUGCUUAUUCAGUUGCAGCUACUGCUGGUGAAACAAAGGCUUUGGAUAAUGUCGACACACACUUCAUCUGCUUCACAUGCGUAGAUGGUAAGUCUUUCGCUCUCUCUUCUACCCUCCCCAUACAAAUGCAGUGAUUGUAAUAUAUAAUUCCAUGGAACUU